UUCCCUUUACAAUUUGCAUCUCUCUGAAUCUUCUUCUUCUUCUUCUUCUUCUUCUUCUACUUCUUCUUCUGCUUCUGCUCUUAAUUUUCCAGAAUCCAUCUCUCUUACUUUCUCUCUCCGUCUAAAUUAACAAGUUUUAAUGCUUAGUGCUCGGUUCUUGAUGUUUCAUCAGAUCCAUGUCUCCGGUUCUCAGUGAAGUCCUCCUCCUUGGGUUCACCGUCACCUCCACCAUUCGCCGGCGAACCCACCUCGUUCAGUCCUUCUCCGUUGUCUUUCUUUACUGGUUCUACGUUUUCUCAUGAACUAUAUAUAUCUGAUGAACAAUCUUCGUACGUCAAUCAAAUCUGUUUGGUUCCUUGUAAAUUCUUUCUAGCCCAUUUAUUAACUUGAUUUAGAAUCAUUAAGCACUAUAUAUAUAUAUAUCUAUAUAUCAUAUAUAUGGCCUCUUCAAGCCAGCUUCAGAGCUCGGGUUCGGAAGAGAAGAUAAUGGAUCAAAGAAAGCGAAAGAGAAUGAUCUCGAACCGGGAAUCAGCUCGGCGGUCGAGGCUGCGUAAGCAGCAGCACUUGAACGAGCUGACGGCGCAAGCCAACCAGCUCCGGAAGGAGAACGGCUACAUCCUGACGAACGUGAACGUGAGCACCCAGAUGUAUCUUCAAGCCGAGGCCCAGAACUCGAUUCUCAGAGCUCAGCUGGCUGAGUUGACCCACCGCUUGAACUCUGUCAACGAGAUCAUCGACUGCUUGAGCUGUAGCGAUGGAGGAGUCGGCUUUGAAGGCUCUGAUGAUCAGCAAGCUGCUCAGAUCGGCGGCGGCGAUUUCUUGAAUCCCUGGAACUUGCUCUACCUGAACCAACCCGUCAUGGCUUCUCCAGACAUGAUCAUGUCCUGAUCAUCAUAUAAAUUAAAUAACCCUUCACGUACGGUUCAUUAAUAUUAAUCUUAAAGAUUUCUUUCUCGUUUCUUGUUAAUUACUGGCUAGGUUUUGAAGCUCAAGUACUGUACAUGCAUGAAUAAUUAGAGUUUUGAUAACGAAUUGGUGGUUGGUUCUUGGUCUGUAAAUGCAUUAUAUAUUAAUUAUAUCGAGAUAUAUAUACAUAUAUGUGUGUACGUACGUGUAUGUGUAUAUAUGUCGAGGGUGGGCUCUUUGUCAUGAUGAAGAAUUCCAUUAUUUGAGCUUAGCCAA